AUGACAAGUUACACAGGUUACAGCAACCUGGAAACCAAGCCAGGACAAACAUCCAACAAAGCAAAUGAGUUGUUAGGCUUUUUGCGGGAGUCGAAUCUGCUUAGUGGAUUUGAAAAAAUUGCCUCAAAGCACUUGUUUCAAAAUUGCAUUUCCGCUCAUCAGCAGCUGAAGAAGGAGACCAUCAAUAGCCAGACGUGCCCCUCCAAGCUUCCACCCAUUGUAUCCAAAGAGGGUCUGAUGAAUUUUGUUCAAAGUCAUCUCAACGACACUUUGGACCCCGAAUUUCAGAAUGACAAUGGCAACGAAGAUGCCUCAUUGGCCAGCCUUCCGUCAUCACUGGGAAUUGAAGAGGAGGAUAGAUCAAUAGUUUCAAACGCACAAGUAAAUGAUGGCUCAUUUGUUUUUGAUGUGGACUACGGAUCAAACUACGGAACUAGUUAUUUGCCUAAUAAUAUUGCAAUGCCCGAUGCUGCUGCCACAAAUAUUGUUGCAGAGCCUCCAACUCUAACAGAGGAUCUGAUCGAUUCUCAAAAAAAGCACACCUGGCAGGCAUACUCCCCAAAGAUAUUAGAUCCCACUGUGGCAGACCAUGACAAAGCUUACUUCCAAGAAAGAAGCCACUACAUCCUGGUGAAUGCCUUUCAUGACAUCUGCUUUGGGGCGAAUAUGUGCAAUAUUCACCUUGCCACUCCUGGGGAAACUUUGCACAUGCAUCAGAAGGGAGCAAUGGUAAGAGUCGUAGAAUCACUUUGA